CGCUACUACUUUUGCCAUUCCGCGGCGAGGCGAAGCAGCAAGCAGACUCCCCUCGUCUCCGCCACACAGCGACGCGCAGCCCGACGCCAUGAAGACCUCCGCGCUGCCCGUCGUCGCCGCCAUCCUGGCCUGCCUGCUGGCCGUGGCGCCGGCCUCCGCGGCCCCGGCCGAGGACGCCGCCGCCACCACGACGUCAGCGCCGCCGUCCGGUGUCGUCGGCCCCAUCGGCCCCAUCGGGCAGGCGCUGGACACGCUGGUGAAGGAGGCCCCCGAGCGCGUAAAGACGCUGCAGGACAACUUCCGCAAGAACGCCGGCGCCCUCCGCGAGCGCGUCCGCGGCGGCAUCGCCAGGGUCAUCGGCACCGCCACCACCGGCUCCGGCGUGGAGACCACGACCAAGGCGACGCAGGCACACCAUCACAGCAAAGCCCCCUCCACCACAACCACCACUGCCGCGGCCCCGGCGGACCCGACCGCCAACAAGCCCCCCACGGGGCCGGACACCGCGGCCCCCACGACCCCGGACAACCUCCCGGACACCACCACCCAGAAGCCGGACUCGCGGACACUGAUCGGCGCGCCGAAGCGCUGCGGCCCGAACAUGAAGGCCGACAGGAACGGCCGGUGCAGGGAGGUGUACCAGGACGCCGACGAGGAGGCCUAGGACAGGAGGCACCGAAAGCGUGAUUCUCCUUCUAGAAGAUCCAUGUCAACUCGUCCAUUUUUUUGUGCAUUUUAAUUGUUCGCAGAUUGUGAUAGCAAAUAUACCAAAAUUACAAACUAUGCAAAUAAGGAUUAUGUCUUGGAUAGGGCGUGGAAGAAACAACAGAAUUUGACUUUUUUUCUUUAUCGUCUAAAAAAGGAAAAAAAAAA